GGGGUUUUCCAACUUUUGUUGACAUCACCACAGAUCUCCUGACUUUUACACAUCUUAUUUACAUUCACGUCAUAUCACAAGACAGUAGUUUGAUAGUGAGACAUUCGUCAGUGUGACAAGAACUUUGUUAUCUUGAUAAAAAAACCAUCAAUAUGGCCACUUGUGCUGAUGCUCGACCUCGUGAUAGAGUUCCCCCACCUAGACCUCCAUCCCUCCAUCACGCAGAUCAAACUGACUUUAAAACAAUACAAUCUUACCAUGACAAUGCUUACAAACAUAUAGAGAAAGGUCUGUCGGCAGACGAAAGUGAAAACUUUGAUGAAGCAGUUAAUCAAUACAGAGCUGGAUUACAGUUCUUAGACAAAGGUCUGGCAAUAGAUUGUGAGAAACUCAAAGCUACAGAAGAGAAAAAAGACUCUGCUAAAUUAUUACAACAAAAAAUGACAAAAACAAAACUUCAGAUAGAAUAUAGGCUUCAGAGUAUAGAAGUCCAAAGAAAUGUACAUUCUAGACAUCCCACUACACCUAUGGAUUUAAAUCAACCUCCGUCAUACGAGGACGUGAUGUCAGAAUCUGGGUCAUCAAUCAGUGACACAGCGUUUCAGUCCCUCGGAGAUUCUAUUAUGAGUGAUGAAUCGUCAGAAGUGUUUGAUGCUGACGCUACAGAGAUAUAUAAUAUUCCUGAUGGUGUCCAGAUUUUCUUUAUAACACCUGAAGGUUACGUUAGUGCUCCUUCAUAUCCAAGCUCACUGAAAAUAUUUAAAUUUAUAAGUGAACCGACUGUUAGAACAGGGCAGCGCCCUCCAGCCUUUUUACAAGUGAAUAGUUGGGUGUAUCCCUUACAGCCAGGGGCCUCUCCGGCUCUAAAGGCCACUAAUGGAGCUUAUGUCUUCCCUGAUACAACAGACAGACCAGGAUCAGCUGUAGGUUUAAUGUUACCAGACACAAUGUCAUUAACGGACAAAGAUGCUUUUGAGUCAGUUUUAUCUUCUAUGACAAUAAUGCAAGACCAAGAGGUAGUCGCAGAAUGUAGAGAACCCACAGCACCUCCUGAAGAAAUGGAGGUAAUACCAUCAGAAGGGGAAACUAAAGAAGAUGAAUCUACCAGUGCUAAGAUAUCAAAAGGGAUUGCAGUAGCAUCAAGUUGGAUAACAUGGGGUAUUGAAAAAGGAGCAGAAAAAGCUGGCCAUUAUAUAAAAGUUGGAUCUGAGAAAAUCAAAGAGAAACUAAAACCUGAGGAAAAAGCUAAAGACAUUGAUCCUAGGGUUAUACAAGGAGUCCAGUAUGUUAGGAGGGGCACACACACUGCUGUCAAAGUCAGUUCUUAUGUGGUGAAGAAGCUUGGAGAAGCUACAAUGGCAGUAGGGAGGGAGAUAGCACCACACAUAAAGAAACAUGGUGAAAAACUACUUCCUGAGUCCGUCAAGGGAAAAUCUCCAGAUGGAAAAUCUAAAGUAGAUGGUGUUCUUGAUGUCGCUGGGGCAAGCCUCAUAGGUUUCAGUGCAGUGUACCUAACUUUAGAAGCAGCAGCCAAGGCCCUCGGUAGAAACCUCACCAAUGAAACAGUGACUCUGGUGGAUUACAAAUAUGGCAGUCAGGCAGGAUUAUUAGCGGAGCAUGGAAUGUACGCUGUUGGUAACACUGUGUUGACUGUUAAUAACGUGGACAAUUUAGGAAUCAAGGCGGUGGCAAAGAGGACUGCUAAAGAAACAGGCAAGGCCCUGAUAAUGGACAUAAAUGAAGGAAGGAAAACUAAACCAACAGACUCUAGAGUUAACACACAAACUAAGAAGCCAUGAAAACAUAUAUCAGUGAAAAUGUAAAGACAAUCAAAUAACUAUUGACAAAGGCAUAAUAAAACCAAGUUCCAUUGCAGCUUGAGGAAGAUGCUGAAGCAAUGAGAAAUAAAUUUAAUAUAGUCGAACCUUUCUGAGCUGAAUUCCUUUUGCACAGAAGAUUUUGACAGGUGUUCAAUUUACUCAGAUGAAAUAAUUGAUGAAUAUUCAUUGAAUUUCUUCUUAUAUGAAUCCACUUUAGACAGGCUUCUGUUGUUCACAAAUUUCUGUACAGACAUGUUUCUUUAAGACAGGUUACACUGUAUUUUAAUAAUCAUGUUUGUUAUAUAAUAUUAGGAAGUUAUUUCAAAGAAUCAUUGUCAAAACUACAUAAUAUUAGAAUUUAUAUAUUAUUAACAUGACUAAUGAGCUUUUGAUGUUUGAUUUUAACUUUUUUCAUUGAGAACUAUUUUGUUGACCAAGACAGAGUGACAUGGAACCAAUGAUUGUACAAUUCAAAUGAAUGAUUUUAAAAAAAUCGACCAUUUCUUAGAUUGUGUUAUACCCUGUAUAUGACACAUAGAUAUACAUGUAGCUUUUUAUCGACGCGAUAUAAUAGCCUUUUUGUGCUGAAGGUGGCUUAAAGCAAACACCAAUCAUUCAAUCAAUGUAGCUAUUGCAUUGAGAAUACUCAGCCCCUUUCAGAUGCUUUGAAUCAUCCAAAAUGUAAGUAAACUAUAGUUUGAUCCCACCGACCUUACUUCUGUGAUAAUAAAUAUUUUGUUGCAGAAUUUAUAGAAUCUUGAUAUAUUUUCCUUGAGUUAUUAAGGUACAAAAUUUCUCAAAUAGCUUAGCCCGUUUUAUUUCACAAUGAAAAUGACACAUGGAUAUAACUAAACAUAGAUAUCACUAUUUACUGCUAAGAAUACUCAGCAACUGUCGGGUACAUUGAGUCAUCCAAAAGUACAGAAAUCCACAUUUUGAUCCAACCCACCUUUCUUUCUGUGAUAAAUAUUUUGUUGAAGAAUUUAUAGAAUCUAUAAUUUCCCUGAAAACUCUGUAAUUCUCCUGAACUCUGUGAAAAGCUCAUCAGAGUUUACGUAUCAAUUGUUUGUCAAUAUGUCGAAUCAAAAUAAAUUUUUAACUUACUCACUUGAAGAUGUAAAGAAAAAUUUCCAACUGUAACAUGUUACUUCAGUAGAAUUCCAAUUUUCUCUGACAAGCAAAUUUGGGAUUAUAUAUGAAUCAUAUAUUAUAGUUAAAUGUUUGGAUCUAAAUUGUCAUACUUAGUGUUGUCCAACAUUGUUGGCUUUUUUUCAGAUAUUACCAUAAUUACCACAAGUAGAAAUCAAGAAUUGAAUGAAUAUUUAUAAACAGUGAAACCUGUGUAAACCAGACCCCUGUGGAACUUUUGCCAUAAUUAGACAGGUGUUCUGAUUACUUGAGUUAAAUAUUCAUUCUUUGCCCUGAGAUAUAUGCGUCUUGUUUGGACAGGUAUACAUUGGGUUAUCUUUGACAGGUUUCACCAUUUAUUAAUAACAUAUUUGUUGUUGUAUUUCAAAAGAAUGAAAAUUGUUAAUAACUUAAGAUGUAACAAAUAAUGUAAACAUAUUGUACUGCAGUAUGUAAAUUUGUUUGUAUUGAAUACCCUUUUUCUGUGAUAUGCAUUUAUUAAACUGUUACAUUAAAUGUUAUUUAUUCAAAUAAAAUGUCUAGAGUACUGGU